AUAGUAGUAUAAAGCCAAAAAUUAAAGUUGAGUGGAACUAAACUAUCGCAAAUGAUUCGAAAAAUCUAAUUGAAUCGAACCCAAGGCUUUAUUUAAAACCGCGCCGUUUACCUGACCGAAGUAGAAGGUCGUGAUACAGCGCGCAGGCGAAUUUUCACGAGGCCCCAGCCGUGUUGAACUCCAUCACCAAAACAGAAAAUUUGAAAGAAUAAUUAAGCUUGUAGUAUUUGGUCAUCCCCAGGCGGAGACACCGUCAAUGGCGGCAUCAUCAUCGUCACUGACGGCUGUGAGGUCAUGGAGAACGGCAUUUCUUACUCUGAGAGACGAAACACUAACAAGCCCUCCUUCCAUCCCUCAACUUGUACAAUCCCUAAUCUUCUCUCACUCUCACUCUUCUCUCAUAUCUGCCGCCUCCCACCUCCCUGCUCACGAGGUGACUUCCGAUCUUUUAUUUCUCAUCCAACUUGUUGCCAAUGCCUCCCAAUUUCAACACGAUUUGGUCCCUACAUUUUCCAACACUUGCCGCUUGAUCCAUGAUGUCAGUCAUCGGGUUUCUCUCGAUAUCAAUACCUCAUCUUGGGCCUUGCUUCUUGACUCCUCCACCAAAAUCAUUGAUCAUUUUCUUGCCAAAGCAACGUCCAGUGCUUCUUUGUAUAAACCAACUUUAGAAUGCUUGGAAACUCUCAGAUACCUUGUCAGUGAAAACCAACGAAAAUGCUCUCUGCCAGAUGAUAUUCAGUUGGUAAAUGUUCUUCUUCACAUCAUUGCACGUUCUCAUACGGAUUUAAUCUCCUUGUAUGCUUCAAGUCGCAAUCAAAAGAGUGCUAUUGAAAUGGGGAAGAAAUUACAGAGAAAUGGUAGUUUUUGGGAAGUUCUAACUGCUUCCUUUACUAUGCUUGGUGAACUAUAUUCAAGGAGCGGUUCUUCCUUUCCAGUUGAUAUUUGGCAGUCAACCAUUCAGGUUUUUAGGAAGAUGAUGGAUUUAUUAGCCUCUAAGAAUAUGGUUGUGGAAGACAUUAUCAUGUCAAGGUUUUAUUCUUCUCUUCUGCAUUGCCUUCAUUUGGUUCUUCUGGAUCCUAAAGGUUCUCUUUCAGAACAUGUGUCUAGUUUUGUGGCAUCCUUGCGUAUGUUUUUCGUUUAUGGCCUUACCAGUGGAAACCAAGUCAUGUGUGCUGCUGUGAGUUCCAAGGAGAAAGAAUCUGGUUCACCAAGGCUUAAGCUGACUUUAGAAGAGCCUAAACGAACAAAUAGUACUCCAUAUAGGCCUCCACACUUGCGCAAAAAGGACAAUUUAAAUACUAGGCAGGCAAAAGCUCUAGAUCCUCAGAGUUCUUCUGAUCAGAUUUCUUCUAUGGUUGAUGUUACAUCAUCAGACUCUGAUUACAGUGACAGUGAUGGAUCACUUAAAGAUAUUAAUGAUUCUCGAUGCUCAAAGAUUAGAGUGUCUGCCAUUGUUUGUAUACAGGAUCUUUGUCAAGCUGAUCCCAAAUCCUUUACAUCUCAAUGGACAAUGCUUUUGCCGACCAAUGAUGUACUACAACCAAGAAAAUUUGAAGACACUUUAAUGGCAUCCUUGCUAUUUGAUCCUUACUUGAAGGCACGGAUGGCAUCUGCCUCGGCUCUGGCUGUCAUGAUGGAUGGGCCUGCUACUGUUUUCCUUCAGGUAGCAGAAUAUAAAGAAUCUGCUAAAUUGGGAUCUUUUAUGGCACUUUCUAGUUCACUUGGCCAGAUACUAAUGCAGCUGCAUACUGGUACUCUAUACUUAAUUCAGCAUGAAACUAAUAGUCGUUUGCUGGUGUUGGUUUUCAAGAUUCUAAUGCUUUUGAUAUCAUCCACACCAUAUUCACGAAUGCCAGGUGAAUUGUUGCCGAAAGUAAUUUUAUCUUUACAAGCAAGGAUUGAAGCUGGUUUUGCUUUCAAAAGUGAUCAGACUGGUUUGCAGGCUGCUGCUAUUAGCUGUUUGACAACUGCUUUAUCAGUUUCUCCUUCCAUCCAUGUCAAAGAAAUGAUUUUAAAGGAAUUGUCGACAGGUUUUGUGGAGGCUGACAAUAAGUCUGGUGUUUUUCUAACAUUACUUCAGCAUUGUGAACGACUAAGCAACCCAACAGUUUGCUUUGAAGCACUUCAGGCCCUUCGAGCCAUUUCUCACAAUUACCCGGACUUAAUGUUAGUAUGCUGGGGAAAAAUUUCUGCUAUUGUUUAUAAAUUUCUGAGAGAAGGUAAUGCCGAAGUUGCAACAAAGUCCUGGAAGGAACUAGCUGGAAAUACAGCUCUGUUUGUUGGGGAAAAAAUUGUUACAGCUGCUAUAAAGGUUUUGGAUGAAUGCCUUCGUGCAAUAUCUGGUUUUAGGGGAACUGAGGAUCUUUCGGAAGAAAAUUUUUUGGAUUCCCCAUUUACUUCUGAUUGCAUAAGGACAAAGAAAGUAUCAUCAGCUCCAUCAUAUGGACCCCGGGGUCCAGAAGAUGCAAAAGAAGAAACAAAUACAUUCCCAUCAGGACUUCAGCAGUGGGCUGAGACAAUUGAGAAGCUCAUGCCUCUCAUUCUAUGGCAUACAUCUGCAAUGGUGAGAACUGCAUCAGUAACUUGUUUUGCUGGAAUCACUUCUUCUGUAUUCUUUUCUCUCUUGAAGGAAAACCAGGACUUCAUUGUUUCGUCUUUAAUCAGUGCUGCAGAACAUGAUAAGGUUCCUUCAGUUAGGUCAGCUGCUUGUCGAGCCAUUGGUGUUGUCUCAUGUUUCCAGAAAGCUUCUGCGAGUGCAGAGAACCUUGGCAAGUUUAUCCAUGCUGUUGAGAUUAACACUCGUGAUUCUAUGGUCUCGGUGCGAAUACCAGCCUCUUGGGCUUUGGCAAACAUAUGUGAUUCUAUCCGUCACUUUGUUGAUGAUGUUCCUUUAAAACAGUCAACGGAUUCAGAAACAAACUUCCAUUUGGUGGACUUGUUAAUUGAGUGUGCUCUGCGUCUAACCAAGGAUGGGGACAAGGUUAAAUCAAAUGCUGUAAGAGCUCUCGGAAAUCUUUCAAGAUUUGUCAGAUACACGAGUUCAUGUUUGGAUAAAAAGCCAGUGGCAAAAUUAGGAUUUUCGUCCACUUGCAACCAGGUUACUAUGUUGCCAGCAAGAAAUGAUCUGAAUGCUUUUGAUGGAGGUGUGAUACCUUCAUCCUAUCCUGCAUCAUUGAAGGAUUUGCAUUGGCUAGAGAGAAUGGUGCAAGCUUUUAUAUCUUGUGUUACAACUGGAAAUGUCAAGGUUCAAUGGAAUGUCUGUCACGCGCUGAGCAACAUGUUUUUGAAUAAGACAAUACAACUGCAGGAUAUGGAUUGGGCUCCAUCAGUUUUUGGUAUUCUUCUAUUACUUUUACGUGAUUCUUCGAAUUUCAAGAUCAGGAUACAAGCUGCUGCUGCAUUGGCUGUGCCGGAAGCGGCAGUUGAUUAUGGGAAAUCUUUCCCCGACAUUGUCCAAGGCCUGGAGCAUGUAGUGGAGAAUCUAGGUUCUGACUCAAUUUCGGCACCUUCAAGUUUCAAAUAUAGGAUUGCACUUGAAAAGCAGUUAACUUCAACCUUGUUGCAUGUUCUUAGCCUUGCUUCAGCUACUGACCACAAACCGCUGAAAGAUUUUCUUGUCAAAGUAAGAUUUAAUCGACCUCAUUUGACAUUCACAAAUGCCAUGAAUGAAUUCAGUGCUCCUUUGUUUAAAGCAUCUUUUCUGGAGGACUGGUUUAAGAUGCUGUACUCAUCACUAGGGGAGACGAGUUCUGAGUCUGAUGUCGUUGGAAGUGAUUCUGUUGGUAACCAAAAGAAAGAGAUGAUAGCCAAAGCUAUACGGUCCAUAAUCGAAAUUUAUGAAACCACGGACCAGCAUACGAUUUGUCAGAAAUUCAAGAAGCUGAACAAUAGCAUAAUCUGAUGGUCCCAUAAUCUGCCAUUUUUAUUUUGCUCGGUAGCUCUGGCUGAUAUGUUAUAUUGGGUAAUUUUAGUUUGGUCACCUUGGACACUACUUUUACUCAGAUGAAUUGGCCAUUCGUCCUUGAUGUACCAAUUCAUUGGAUUGGAAAUACCCUUUCCUAUCCAAUGAUUAAACAGAGAGAUUGGAGUAACUGAACUAAUCCCAUAUGCAGAAAAGGCCCCUCCUGGUGGUGAGGAGAGUUUGGUACAGAAUUUCCAGUCAUACUCCGCUAGGCCGGCAGAGCAAAAAAAGGAGAGGGUGGGGGUUGGAUCCUAUUGUGUAUUAAAUUAUGAUAGGUUUUUGGUUGUAUUGGUGCUGUGUGCGGUAUGAAGGGGGACUGGGAUUCCAAUAAUUUAAAUGCAUUCACACAUGGAUUACUACAUUCUAGCCUCUGAGACAGAUUUUCUUUUUUGUUCUUGUAACAUGAUAGUAGUGUAAUCAAAGGAUCUCUGAUCAGAUUCUCAAACUAUGUAGUAAUUUAAUUCGUAUGCAUCUAUCAGCAUGGUCUAAUGAAUAAUUAAUGCCAUUUUUCCAAAGA